AUGCUGUGUCUUUCUCGACCGAGGACGCAUCACGAGCCAAACCUCCAAAACCCGGCCCUCACCAGCAUCGGCAUCGACACCUACGUCUCGCCGACAGAUACCGCCUUCUCCAUCCCUUCACCCAUCCAAGUGGAUCGCCGCCUCGAAGACGACGACGACGACGACGACGACGUCGACAACGACUGCCACACGUUUGAGCAACCAAGCUCCAACAAGCACCACCCAACCAAACGCACAGCGUACUAG